UAAACGCCGUUUUCUGUAGUUGGGCUGAAUUUAAGGCCCAUGUAGCAUUCUAGGGAGAGCCGAAUGGGAAAAAGACGCUAGGAAAAGGUCUAAAUCUUUCAGAGAUCGGAGCCCCGCCGGAAACCACCAUUACUUCAGUUUGAAGAUAAGGGACUACAAUCGGACGGCAAAGCUAGAAAUUUGUGAGGGAUUUUGAUAGGAGUCAUGGAAGUGCAGCUCCCAAAUACUAAGAAAUGGGUAGUGUUUUACCUUGUUUAUAUAAAUUCAAAGAAAACUGUAGCUGAAGGGAGGCGGAUCAGCUUGAGCAAAGCAUGUGAGAAUCCUACUUGUGUUGAGAUCGGUGAUUGCUGUAAUCAUCUCAAACUCCCAUCUGUUAUUGAGGUUUGUCUAUGGAUUCGUUUUGCACUUUUCUUUGAUCUUGCUUGGCAAUUAUGGCGAUUUCAUAUAGUUAAAAGAUUUAUGUUGUCCGGCCUCUGGUCCAUACAAGUUGUUGCAGCAAGAUCAGCUGAAGAAUCAAUUUUAGUGUCUACAUGCUUAAGAUUAUUCCUUUAAUUGUUAUAAAUUACAAUGUCUAACAUUUCUUGAACUAAAAGAAUUGACAUUUCUGAGGAUGUUGUGGUGUUUGCUCUAAAUGUGCAUAGAAUUUGACUGCAGUCAGACUUUGUAGCCUAUGUGUUUGUGAUGAACUGUAGCUACCUGGAAAGGUUGAGGGAAGCAAUUUUAUAUCCAUGAAUAUGCUUGAUAUGCAGACCAGAGCUAUCACAUUGAAGAGCUGAAUGUGUUCCCUGCUUGCCUACCUCAGUUCUGAUGUGCUCUCACUGAUUGUUGUCUGUUACGUUAAAUCAGCAGUUCUUGUUACUUGUUGUCAUGACUCGUGAAUUUUGCAAUGCAGAUUGCUAAGGCAUAUCCUCCCGACUUCAUGCAAAGAGGGAGAAUGAGGGUAUCGCUGAAAAGGGAAGAUGGGACGAUACUUUCUACUUGAAUUGUUCCUUAAUUUCUAUUGCAUCUUGAGAUAGUCUUCCUGCUUCUCGUGACAAAUUUUGAAUUAGAUGUGUGGAUUUCAUUAUUAUAUUGUUAAAUCAGAAUUGUUGCAAGGGUGCACAAAGAGCGAUAAUUUCUUUGGAUUCAGUUUCCGUACCCUGUAAAUGCUAGUAAUAUUCCAUGUCAGUUAAGACCAACGUGACCCUAACUCUAAAGCGCGCUUCGUACGCGAGACUCUGAGAGUUUGAUGACAACUGCCUCAAUAAAUGUAAUGUCCCUUCCAAGACAAUGCAGUUAAAAGUUUAGCUGACUAAAGCACUCAUAGCCAGUAUUUUGUCAUUUGGGGGUUUACUUUCCAAACCAAUAAAGUGGAGUUAAGGAGAAAGAACCACGGGGUGUUGGUGCGGAUAGACACACCUCGCUGUUAUGUUCAAGGCAAUGAAGAUACAAGCUUUUU